AUGCAUUCAAAGACAGAGCCUGUUGGGAGUAUCAAACCCUCACAAGAUGUCGCAGCUGGGGAGAUUGACACUGUUUCCCAUACUAUAUGCUACACUCGAUACAACUCACCAUUCUGGCAGAUUGUGAUUGUCAGCUUUGUCGCAUUUGGAUGCCCGGGAAUGUACAACGCACUCUCUGGGAUUGGGGGCGGUGGCCAGCUGGACACUACCACGCAAGCUAAGGGUCACAUCGCUCUAGCUUCUGUCAGCGCUGCGGGGAAUCUUUUUGUGGCGCCGGUUGUCACUAACGUACUGGGGCCCAAAUGGACAAUCCUCGUUGGAGGCCUACCUUACGUGCUUUAUGCCGGUUCCCUUCUGGCAUAUACCCAUACUGGGAGCCAAGGCUUUGUUAUUGGCAGCAGUGCUGUGCUAGGAAUCGGAGCGUCCCUGCUGUGGAUCUCGCAGGGUGCCAUUAUGACAGGCUACCCAUUGCCACAACAGCAAGGAAGAAUGAUUGGCAUCUUCUGGAUCAUUUUCAACUUGGGUGGUUUCUUGGGAUCAAUGAUAUCUUUCGGCCUGAACUUUCACUCAAAGUCUGGCACCGUUUCCGACUCGACAUACAUUGCCUUCAUGUGCAUUAUGGCUGCCGGAUGUGCUUGCUCACUUGGUCUUCUCAAGCCGUACAACGUCAUUCGUGAAGACAACUCACGCGCUGCCACUCGACGGGCUCCCCGGGUCUGGGAUGAAUUUUUGGGUGUGAUGAAGAUUCUCAAGGAUUGGCGCGUAAUUUCCCUUAUUCCGUUCUGGAUGGCUGCGAACUAUGCCUAUAAUUACCAACAGAAUACUUUCAACGCUAAAUUGUUCACGAUCCGCACCCGCAGCUUCAAUGGUGCCAUGUACUGGCUAGCACAAAUGGUUUCCAGUUAUCUUUUUGGCCUUUUCCUCGACAACAAGUUCAUGAACCGUCGCAUGCGCGGAAUAUGGGGCUUUAUUAUUACUGCCGUUAUCUCCAUGGCUGUAUGGUCCGGGGGUCUGGCGGCGCAGCUCAAGCGGGCUCCCAAUAGCGACUAUUACCCUCUUAAUGAGAUGGAUCUUAUCACAUCUGGCUCCAAAUAUGCUGGGCCGUUCUUGCUUUACUUCUUCUAUGGAAGUUUUGAUGCGGUGUGGCAGACGCUGGUAUACUGGACUAUUGGCUAUCUAUCUCACGAGUCUCCCGAACAAGCGGCUCGCUAUGUGGGUGCUUUUAAGUGUAUGGAGGCGGUCGGAAGCGCGAUCGCAUCCAAAGUGAAUUCUGACAAAACAAACUACAACAUUGAAUUUGCUGUCGACUGGGCUUUUGUUGUCUUUGCCUUGAUUUGGGCCAUACCGUUUGUGAUGUCGAUCAGGGAUGUUCCCGCCCACGAUGGACAAGAGACGGAGUACGUGGCUCAGCCAAAGGAUGAAGAGGCGCGUCCUUGA